AUCCAGGGCGCCUUCUGGCAAGUAUUAUUGGUAUAACAGAUAAUUGAUAGAUAUUAGGUAAUUUAAAUCAUUGCACGAGAUGCUGCGGUGUUUGUGUUGCUGGUAUGAGCCGAGAACGUUGUGAAAUACGAUGUCCUCCCAGCUAAGCAUCACACCGUAGAUAAUGAAGUACGUGCUUGUAAGUGGCGGUGUCGUCAGUGGUUUAGGCAAGGGAGUCACAGCCAGCAGCAUCGGUGUAAUUCUUAAAGCAUGUGGGCACCGGGUGACAUCCAUCAAGAUAGAUCCAUACCUCAACACAGAUGCUGGCACCAUGUCCCCAUUUGAGCAUGGGGAGGUGUUUGUGCUGGAUGAUGGUGGCGAGGUGGAUCUGGACCUGGGCAAUUAUGAGCGAUUCCUCGACAUCACCCUCACAAAGGACAACAACCUCACCACAGGGAAGAUCUACCAGUCGGUGAUAGAGCGGGAGCGGAGGGGGGACUACCUGGGGAAGACGGUCCAGGUGGUGCCGCACAUAACAGAUGCCAUCCAGGACUGGAUAGAGCGCGUGGCGGGGAUCCCUGUGGACGGCCGCGAUGGGCCGCCGGACGUGUGCGUCAUUGAGCUUGGCGGCACAGUCGGCGACAUCGAGUCCAUGCCCUUCAUUGAGGCCCUGCGCCAGUUCCAGUUCCGGGUGGGUCCCAGCAACUUCUGCGUGGUGCACGUGAGCCUGGUGCCGGUGCUGGGCGUGGUGGGCGAGCAGAAGACCAAGCCCACUCAGCACAGCGUUGCCGUCCUGCGCUCCCUCGGCAUGAACCCCCACCUGCUCGCAUGCCGCUCUCAGGAGCCCCUCUCACCCGCCGUCCGUGACAAGCUCGCCCUCUUUUGCCAGGUCACGCCGAGGCAUGUGCUGAACAUGUGCGACGUGUCCAACAUCUGGCACGUGCCCAUCAUGAUGGAGGCCCAGGGCGCGCACAAGUCCAUCUGCGACAUCCUGGGCCUCGGCGGCUACAGCAACAUGAACCUCACAGGGUGGCGCGUGGGGCUUGCAGAGAAGUGGGACGGCCUGAGCAACACAAUAACCAUCGCGAUGGUGGGCAAGUACACAGGCCUGUCGGAUGCCUACCUCAGCGUGCUCAAGGCCCUGCAGCAUGCCUGCCUGGCAGCCAACAGGAAGCUGGACGUGCUCUGGGUGGAGGCCAGCCACCUCGAAGACGCUGCCAAGGAAGGAGAGGGCGGGGAGCAUGCGGAGGCGUGGCGGAGGAUACGCUCGGCGCACGGUAUCCUGGUGCCGGGCGGCUUUGGCUCGCGCGGCGUGGAGGGCAAGAUCCUGGCAGCGCAGUACGCGCGCCAGCACAUGGUCCCCUACCUUGGCAUCUGCCUCGGCAUGCAGACGGCGGUGAUAGAGUUUGCGCGGAACGAGUUGGGCCUGGCGGACGCGAACAGCGCGGAAUUUGAGCCGGCCACACCGACGCCGGUGGUGGUGUUCAUGCCGGAGGGGUCCACCACUCACAAGGGGGGGACCAUGCGCCUGGGAUCCCGCAGAACCAUCCUGCAGACCAUGGACUGCAUCACCGCCCGCCUCUACCAGGCGGACGAGUAUGUGGACGAGCGGCAUAGGCACAGGUACGAGGUGAACCCCACGAUGGUGGAGCAGCUGGAGGCGAAAGGGCUGCGCUUCGUGGGCAAGGAUGAGACGGGGGAGCGCAUGGAAAUCGUGGAGCUGACGGGGCACCCCUACUUUGUGGCCAGCCAGUUCCACCCGGAGUUCAAGUCGCGGCCGGGCAAAGCAUCCCCCCUGUUCCUGGGCCUCAUUCUUGCCGCCUCAGGGACGCUGGAUGGGUAUUUGUCAGGGAAGACUCACAUCACCUCCAGCAACCUCUUGUCUAAGGAAGGGAUCCAUGCCGCACCUCUGGCCAAUGGCGGACACUAAAGAACAGGCUAAUACUUCCUAGGCAAGGCACCAACAGUAGUUCUGGCCUUUCUCAUAAAGUAUGUAUUGCCGACUGCAUGCGACUGAGCACCUAGCUAUUCCUAAGGUAGCAGAGUUGUGCGCAAAAGAAGACAGCUUUCCUUUGAAUACCUUGUGAACUUACCAAUUGAUAUUUCAAAGAUCUUCAAGUUAGUGUCUCCAGACGGCAACCUUUAUAGCCUUGGUAAGGACUCCUCGGAGGUACUUUGGGGCAGUGCCAUAUUUACAAUGGGGUUUUGUAGUUGCCUGCUAUGGCCUUUGUG